UGGGACUGCACCAAAGAUCGCCUCUCUUCCAGUAAGCGAAGGGAAGACCCCUCCCCCUUCUCUUCUUUUUCUUUUGGACUGGAAGGGAAGAUUUCAAUUCCCCAAAUCACCUGAACGUAUUUUAAUUUAAAUUACGCUACCCGCUGGGCAAUCCCGCGAAGCCGAUGAGUACUGGGCAUCGAUGCAAGCUUGGAGCGAUGGGGAAUGUAAAAUUCUGAGAAUGUGAUGAAAUAUUGCAUCCGAUGGGGAACAAAAUUGCGCGUACAACGCAAGUUUCGGCUUCGGAGUACUAUCUUCAUGACCUGCCCUCCACCUACAAUCUCGUCUUGAAGGAGGUUUUAGGUCGAGGCCGUUUCUUCAAGUCUAUUCAGUGCAAGCAUGAUGAGGGUUUGGUUCUGGUCAAGGUCUAUUUCAAGCGUGGCGACUUCAUCGAUCUCAGAGAGUACGAACGGCGUCUGAGUCAGAUUAGGGACAUUUUCCGUGGCAUUGAGCACCCUCACGUUUGGCCCUUUCAGUUUUGGCAAGAAACAGACAAAGCAGCAUAUCUCUUGAGGCAAUAUUUCUUCCAUAAUCUGCAUGAUCGCCUUAGUACUCGACCUUUUCUCAGUCUUAUUGAGAAGAAAUGGUUGUCUUUUCAGUUGCUCCUAGCCGUGAAACAGAGCCAUGAGAAGGGAGUAUGUCAUGGUGAUAUUAAGUGUGAGAAUGUGCUGAUUACAUCCUGGAGUUGGCUUUACCUUGCGGACUUUGCAUCCUUCAAGCCCACUUACAUCCCAUAUGAUGACCCCUCAGAUUUUUCUUUUUUCUUUGACACUGGUGGAAGAAGGCUCUGUUAUCUAGCACCCGAGAGAUUUUAUGAACAUGGAGGGGAGAUGCAGGUAGUACAGGAUGCUUCAUUAAAGCCAUCUAUGGACAUAUUUGCAGUUGGGUGUGUAAUUGCAGAACUUUUCCUUGAGGGACAGCCACUGUUUGAACUGUCUCAACUUCUUGCGUAUCGCAGAGGACAAUAUGAUCCUAGCCAACAUCUUGAGAAGAUACCGGAUCCUGGAGUCCGGAAAAUGAUUUUGCACAUGAUUCAACUAGAACCAGAGUCACGGUUUUCUGCUGAAAGCUACCUGAAGGAAUAUGCAGCAGUUGUGUUCCCAACCUACUUCUCACCAUUUUUGCAUGAUUUUUACCGCUGCUGGAGUCCUCUUCAUUCAGAUAUGAAGGUUUUGUUAUGUCAAAGUGCUUUCCAGGAGAUACUAAAACAAAUGAUGAACAGUAAAUCAUCUGAUGAGGUGGCUGUUACUUCUGGUGAGCUUUUGGGAGAGGUUGUUGGCAAAGAAAAUGUCAAUUUUAUGAAGGACUCCCUGAUGAAGAGAGAUGAGAUGGGAAAUGGGUUAAUUCCUGAUCACUAUGAGCUUCUUGGUGAUAUCAGUAGCCUGCUGAGGGGUGCUAAGAAUCACAACCAUUUAUCUGGUCCCCGGCAUGUGAUAGGAAAUGCACCCAAUUCUAUCCUUUGUGAGAAUUUAAAAAAUUUGCAGUCUCCUGGUGAGCUCCUUCAAAUUAUCUCCAAUGCAUUCCGAGGAAAUGACCAUCCCUUUCUGAAGAACGUUACAAUGAAUGAUUUGAAUUCGUUGAUGUCUGAUUAUGAUAGUCAAUCGGAUACUUUUGGGAUGCCUUUCUUACCACUACCCAAGGAUAGUAUGAGAUGCGAAGGCAUGGUUUUGAUUACUUCUUUGCUCUGCUCCUGCGUUCGCAAUAUCAAAUUGCCUCACUUGAGGAGGGCAGCUGUGCUCUUGUUGAAGGCCUCUGCAUUAUAUACUGAUGAUGAAGAUCGUUUGCAGCGAGUUAUCCCAUAUGUUAUUGGAAUGCUCUCUGACCCAUCAGCAAUUGUGCGUUGUGCUGCUUUAGAGACUUUGUGUGAUAUUCUGCCCCUUGUCCGAGAUUUUCCACCCAGUGAUGCAAAGAUAUUUCCUGAAUACAUAUUUCCAAUGCUUUCUAUGCUUCCUGAUGAUCCAGAGGAAAGUGUGAGGAUAUGUUAUGCCAGUAAUAUAGCUAAGCUGGCACUUACUGCUUAUGGAUUCUUGAUACACUCAAUAAGUUUGAGUGAGGCAGGCGUACUUGAUGAAUUGAGUUCACCGCAGAAGUCAUUGGUAUCAUCUAGUCAGACUAGUGGAAGGUUGUGCAGGAUAAACGGUGAUGUGCAACUUUUGCAGCUGAGGAAGUCAGUUGCAGAUGUUGUCCAAGAACUUGUUAUGGGUCCGAAGCAAACGCCAAAUAUUAGAAGAGCACUCCUUCAGGACAUUGGGAAGUUGUGUUAUUUCUUUGGUCAGAGGCAUAGUAAUGACUUUCUCUUACCCAUCCUCCCUGCUUUCCUUAAUGAUCGGGAUGAACAAUUACGGUCUGUGUUCUAUGAGAAGAUCGUAUACGUCUGCUUUUUUGUCGGCCAAAGAAGUGUAGAAGAAUAUCUUUUACCUUACAUUGAGCAGGCUUUAAGUGACACAACAGAGGCUGUCAUGGUCAGAGCCUUAGAUUGUUUGACCAGUCUUUGCAAAAGUGUUUUCUUCAGGAAGAGGAUACUGCUUGAAAUGAUAGAGCGUGCAUUUCCUUUGCUAUGUUAUCCUAGCAAAUGGGUGCGUAGAUCAGUGGUCUCAUUCAUUGCUGCUAGCAGUGAGAGCUUGGGUGCAGUAGAUUCUUAUGUUUAUCUUGCUCCUGUUAUACGACCCUUCCUUCGCAGACAGCCUGUAUCUCUAGCUUCUGUGAAAGCCCUUUUUUCGUGUUUAAAGCCUCCUGUCUCGAGACAGGUUUUCCAUGAAGUAUUGGAGAAUUCCAGGAGUUCAGACAUGUUAGAAAGACAAAGAAAGAUAUGGUAUAGUUCAUCAUCACAAUCUAGACUAUGGGAAAUGGAUUUACUGAGAAAAGGAAUAGAUGAGUUGGACUCAUUGAAUAGCUGGCCUGACAAGCAACAAGGUCCUGGGGGUCAACAAUCUGUUGGCACUGGCUUCCCACAGCCAGGGCUAACUGAUUGUGAUCAGGCUGACACAAAGUUGAGAAAUAUGGUGACCUUUAUGCAUAAUGAUUGUAUCGUAUCCCCAAGGACAGAACCUCCUGUCUCGAGACAGGUUUUCCAUGAAGUAUUGGAGAAUUCCAGGAGUUCAGACAUGUUAGAAAGACAAAGAAAGAUAUGGUAUAGUUCAUCAUCACAAUCUAGACUAUGGGAAAUGGAUUUACUGAGAAAAGGAAUAGAUGAGUUGGACUCAUUGAAUAGCUGGCCUGACAAGCAACAAGGUCCUGGGGGUCAACAAUCUGUUGGCACUGGCUUCCCACAGCCAGGGCUAACUGAUUGUGAUCAGGCUGACACAAAGUUGAGAAAUAUGGUGACCUUUAUGCAUAAUGAUUGUAGUAUGAUAGGACAUCGUGAUCCCCAAUGCUUGGAGAAGUUACAGUUCUCUGGAUUGAUGUCACCUCAGGUUAGUUGUAGCAGUUUGCCAUAUGAGAAGUCAUCAAAUGGCAUACCUUUGUAUUCUUUCAGUGUGGAUAGGCGUGCAAUGGGAAUUCCUCCUGCGGCAUCUGAUUCUCCGCUACAAAUGAAUUCUCUAGGCAUCAGUUCAUCCACCAUGCCUUGGGUUAGUCCAGCUAGCAAGUCCUUUAAUUUGGCUAGUUCAGUUCCAGCUCCAAAGUUUGUUUCAGUUUUCAUUGAUCAUAUCUCUAGGGGUCUAGGAAAUGUUGUUGAGAAGUAUUCUGGCGUUGCUGACAUCACAAAGAAGGAUAUAAAGGAAGGUGCCAUCCUCAACCUAUUGAACUACCCUGUGGAUGCUUAUACCAUCAUGUUUAGCACUCAGAACUGUGGUAUUCAUCUAUGGGAUACUAGGUCAAGUUCCAGUUCAUGGACUCAAAAAGUUACUCCUGAGGAGGGAUAUAUUCCUUCUUUGGUAGUAGGGCCUUGUGGUAAUUGGUUUGUAUCAGGGUCAUCCAGGGGCGUGCUUACUCUUUGGGAUCUGAGAUUUCUGAUACCCGUGAACUCUUGGCAGUAUUCCCUUGCUUGCCCUAUAGAAAAGAUGUGCCUCUUCCUUCCACCUCCUAAUGCCUCUUUAUCUUCAACCGUGAGGCCCCUUGUUUAUGUGGCUGCAGGUAGCAAUGAAAUUUCUCUUUGGAAUGCAGAGAAUGGUAGCUGCCACCAGGUAUUGAAAGUGACCAAUUAUGACAGUGAUGCAGAAAAGUCUGAACUGCCUUGGGCCUUGGCUAGACCUUCUAACAAGGGAACUUCUAGACCAGAUUUGAGGCGAAAUGUCAAUCCCAAGUAUAGAGUUGAUGAACUAAAUGAACCUCCUCCCCGUCUUCCUGGUAUUCGUACAUUGCUUCCCUUGCCCGGGGGUGAUUUACUGACGGGGGGUACUGACUUGAGGAUACGUCGAUGGGAUCACUACAGUCCUGACAAAAGUUACUGUAUAUGUGGACCUGACUUGAAAGGAGUGGGGAAUGAUGAUCUGUAUGAAACAAAAUCUAGCUUUGGCGUGCAAAUUGUACAGGAGACAAAGAGGCGUCCUCUUUCAACUAAGUUGACUGCAAAGGCAGUUGUCACGGCUGCUGCCACUGAUCCUGCAGGUUGCCACCGUGAUUCUAUCCUUUCUUUGGCUUCUGUUAAGUUAAACCAGAGACUCUUGUUAUCAAGUAGUAGAGACGGGGCUAUCAAGGUUUGGAAGUAGCUAGACUCAAUUUGGGAUGGUUGUACAUAGGCAUUGUCAAUUCUAGUGGUUAAAAUUGUACAUAAGUUACAGGAGCUAACCCACUUGGUGGAUGUUCAAGCUUCUCUUAAUGCUAUCUGGGAUAUCAAAGUCCCUUGAUCUGUACAGAAGGUAUUAGACAGAGGAGUUAAAUUAAGUCUAGUUUCUCGGGGCUUUGGAAUAUUAUGCUUCAGGAUAUGUAUUUGUGGGCAUGUUGCCUCCGGACUGUGAGCUUUGUAUCACAAAUAAUAAUGAUGGUUAAGCCUAAUUUCAUUCACUAUACACGCAGACCUCUGCGUUUUUAGAAGCUUA